UUGCCGAAUACUGGAGGUAAUACGCUAGGGGGCGUGUUUACAGCGCAGCGGGCGUCGCUGAGCUCACGGAAGGGACCAAAGUUUUUUGCUGACAAACAUGACGUCAAUUGGCGGAGCCCGUCAAUGCGGUAGUGACAGCGGAGGAGCGCACUGACUGGAAAAGCACCCUGCACUAAUCAACCCUGACACUAAAACUUAGCUUGAAACCUGGGCUGAAGGCGAUCGGAAGAGAGCCCGAGGCCGCAGAACACCAUGGGGAACGCGGAGGGCGGCUGUGGCGCCGGGAGCGGCGACGAUGAGGACGUAGAAACGGAGAGUCCCGUGUUCGCUGAGGGCAGCCCGGCCUCUGCGGCCACAGGCACCAGAACCGGCAACGGAGGAGGAGGAGGUGGUGGUGGUGGUGGUGGUGGAGGUGGAGGUGGAGGUGGAGGAGGAGCAGGAACAGCUGCAGGCUCCGGUCCGGGGAGAAGCGGAAGAGGUUCGGCGAACCCGCCGGCCCCGAGCUAUGGACUCCCCACUCCUGAAGCUCUGCUGGAGCAGGUGAAGCUGCGAGAGGCAGCGGCCCGUAUGAGCGACUCAUGGGUCGCCAUUUCGGAGUCGGUGCUGGCGCGCAACGAGAGCGCUCUGGUCCGCUGGCUGGAGGAGCGGCUGAGCCGCGGAGAGGAGUCCGUCACUCUGGAGCAGUUCUGUGAGAUGCUGGAGAGCAGAGACGCGCCCAGAGAUGAGUGCGAGGAGGCCUAUGGUCAGUUUGAUGCUGAGGGUGAUGGGAUUGUUGAUGUGGAGAGCAUGCUCAUGGCACUGAAAAACUCCAAUGGAGCCAACCUGCAGGGAGAACUCAGUCAUGUGAUCAGGCAGCUUCAGGUGUGCUCUUUGACUCCAGGGUUUGUGGAUAUCUUCUCCAAGUCCAAGGACCGUCUCAAAGCACAUGCUUCCAAAAUCCUGAAAUUCUUGCACCGGAAUCGCAUCCCCAGCAGCGCAAUCCCAUUCCCUGUGCUGGAAGGCUACAACAGCAUCUGCACCAUGAGGUCAUCUGUAGUGCAGGACUUCCUGGAUUACCUGCUGCAGAAGGAGAAAGAUCUAGACAUCCAGUACAGAGCUGAGCUCAAUCAUGACCCAGAUGUGGAUAAAGUGAAGGUGGUCACCCAGUGCUACAGCUUCAUCGAGGCUUCGUCCAAUAGUGCAGAUAUCAACAAGAUGACCAAUGGUGAGACCGUGUCUUUCUGGCAGUCGGACGGUAGCGCUCGCUCACACUGGAUAAGGUUAAAGCUGAAGCCAGACAUAGUUUUGAGACGCCUGGCCAUUGCGGUAGCUUCUAAUGACCACAGCUACAUGCCGCAGCUGGUGUCUAUAGCUGUAGGAAAGAACCGGCGCUCCCUGCAGGAGAUCAGAGAUGUGAGGAUCCCCAGUAAUGUCACGGGUUAUGUACCGCUACUGGAUAACGGCAACAUCAGCCAUCCUUAUAUUCAGAUAAACAUUAAACGCUGCCUUAGCGAUGGCUGUGACACACGUAUUCAUGGUCUGAAGACAAUGGGCUACCAGAUUACCAAGAGUAAAGAAGUUUCAGUAUCCGAUGCCUCCGCUAUAUGGUAUCUGUCGCUCCUCACGUCUCUGGUCACCGCUUCCAUGGAAACCAACCCUGUGCUUGCGCAGACCGUCCUACAGAGCACACAGAAAGCCUUACAGCACAUGCCGCCCCUGUCCUUAACGCCGUCUUCAAUGGAGUUCCCCAGAUUCCUCUCUGCAAACAUUCUGGAAGAGGUGGACGGCUUUUUACUGCGCAUAGCAGACUGCUGUGUGUCUCCUGACGCUGAGCUGACUCUGUUAGCGUUUGCUCUGGCUCGAGGCAGUGUGGCUAAAGUCCUCAUCUCUUUGUCUGGUGUCUGUGAGCAUCUGGACUCAGAGUACAGAGCUUCCUCACUGCUGGCCUCUAUGGCGUCUGUCCGGUUAAGACUACUCUACCGUAAUGGUAAACCCAUCCAGCUUCAUCUGCAAGCAUGUGAUGUGAAGAGUAAAGAGGAGAAGUCUGGCCCAGAAAACAUGCUGACGGAGCCCAACACUGGAGAUGGUUUUCUGACAGAGAAUGGAAAGAGGAAAGCCAGUGUGAUUCUGUCUACUGAAAACCAGAGCUGCUUCCAGGUCACACAGAUCAAGAUAAAAGUGCGUAAAGGAGCUAUUGGUGCUAAAUGUGGCUUGGUGUUUGCCUACAAUGACAGCGAGGCAUUUGAUGCAGAUAAACACUUCAAAAGAUUCAAAAAGUAUGACAGCUGGGACUACAAAGACUAUAAAGAAUUUGUCCAAGACAGCACAAGGAUAGAAGAGACCAGUGAGGACGAGCCCAUUGGCUGGUUUGAGGUGGAAGAGGACUGGAACGACGUGGAGAUCAAGCUGCAACAAUGCAGAGUGUCAAAAUUUCUGAUGGUGAAGUUCCUGUGUGCUAGGCAGGACACAGCAGAGCGGUUGGGGGUUCAGCAGAUGAGUUUCAGUGGUUAUUUGUGUCCACACUCUGAGCGGCUGGAGGAUGUGGACGAUCUGAGCGCUCAGGCCGAGGGGAGCAUUUCAGGCCUGGUUACGGGUCUCGCACUCAUGAAGAAAACCCUUUAUUUCGUCCAGCAGCUCACCAGAAAUAUGGAUGUGUCUCUGUCCAAGCAGAAGUCCCUGCUGGACUUCAGUGACCUCAGCAUGCUGCUGUUCUGGGACUUCUACCGCAAACUCAGAUCUAUUGAGGGAGAGGAGGCCAUAAAGACAAGAGUUCUCUUGCUUCAGCUGCUCCAGAACUGCUUCCCAAUGCUGCCCAGCCUGACAGAGUCCCAGUUGUCAGACAUCACAGCCUCAGCUUCAGCUUCAGCUUCAGCAGCACCCUCAGCCAGCACAGACGUGGAUCCUGCAGAAGCUGUCGGAGAGCUCUACAGUCACUUUUGUCAAGUGGUGGACGGUCCUGAAGGACAGACUGCAGUGGAGAAAGCUCUGAGAAAAGAAGCCGUGAAAGCCAUCCUCAGUGGAGCUGCCAUUUUCUUCCCUGACAAACAGAGCCGGAGGGACAAACUCUUUCACAUGAUGAAAAACAUAACUGAAGAAAAUCAGCCAGAGUCUGUUAAACUGACUUUUGAGUCUCUCUGCAGUUACUUCAGCGAUCAGGACCCGAAAGGUCUCCUCUUGCUGCCCUCUAAAGGAGCCCCAUCUGACUUUGACAUCUCACCUGUCCUGACCGUCAUGGACACGCUGCUCAUUGUGGCCACUAGAGAGUGUGAGGUGUUGAUGUUGGAUUCCAGAGGAGGGUCCAUUUGGAGGGUCCUGCUGUCUCUGUUCUGGGCUUUACAGGGCAGCCUGCUGUCCUGGUGCUUCCUGCAGCUCAAAGGAGGAACGGCCACCUCUGCUGAUCUGGCCAGGGAAAUCCUGCUGAAAUAUGUGGAACAGUUCCUGUCAGGUACCAGAGACAUACUGAGUCCUCUUAUUAAGCUCUUCUCUGGAGCUGACAUCAUAGAGAAACUCAGUGGAUCAAUUCUUGCCAUGGCAACAAGACAGCUGGCAAUCUUCCUGCUGGAGCUGUGCGCUCUGGAUAUUCCUCACUGUGUGCUGCUCAAGAGAUUCUAUCCUCUGGCAGACCUGCUCAAGAAGCUGUCUAGUGAUACAGAGGACAUCUUCUCUAAGGUUGAUAUGGAGGGCUGUCAGCAGACUCAGCAGCCUGUUGUAUUAAGGACGUGGCAUAUGGAGUCACCUCAUAACUAUGAGAACAGCAGACACGAGACCACCGUCUUUGUCUGUCCUGGUGCCACAUCCUUCGAGGUGGAGUUUGAUGAACAUUGUGAAACAGAGAAAAGGUAUGACUAUCUGGAAUUCACUGAUGCUAGGGGAGGAAAAGUGCGAUAUGAUAUGAAGGUCGACACGGAGAAAUGGCCAAAGAAAGUGACGUUUAAAGCAGGUCCCCAGCUGCAGUUUCUGUUCCACUCAGACAGCAGUAAUAACGAAUGGGGUUACAAGUUCACAGUGACAGCAUAUGGCCUGCCAGACGUCACCGUGUCCUGGACCUCAGAUCUGCAGCUCCUCGUGUCCAGGCUAAUGGGCCGUCUGGCCUCCCGCACCAUGGCUUUGAAAUCACCUUACGAGAUCCGUGGUGUAAAAGAGUUGCCUGCAGGCUUGAUGAACCAUGUCCUGUCCUGUCCUCUAUGGAAGCCUAUGUUCAGACAUGGUUUGAGUGGACUUCCUGGAGAAAAGAAAUUAGCCCUGGCCAGCUCAGACACCGACCCGGAAGAGCCAGCACCUUUGGGAGAUGAAUUGGUGGAAUUCCUUAAGGACUUUGCCUGCUGGGAUCCUUCGCAGGAUGCUUCUGAUGACAGGACGGAGUUAAUGAGGGCCCUUUUGAUGACCUGCAAGAAGCAGCCAAUCAGGAACGAGAUUGCUGCAGGCUCAAAAGUGGACCAGGCUGUGAACGCCGCAUGGGCGGCCAUGGUGUAUCACACACCAGCACUUCACCACAGUCUUAGGAGCUUUGUUGCUAAAAACGGCCAGAGCAGUCUUAGCGAGGACCUUUUGCAGGUCUAUGCCCUCACCGAUGGCAUCAGAACGUGGAUGUUGGAAAUGAAACAGCGCUACCUUAUGGGUAAAAUGAAUGGAGUAGAGGAAAAAGAAGAUGGACAGAAUGAGGUUACAAUGGAGUCACUUGCUGAAAUUUGCAUCAGUAGAAGUUUGUUCCUCUUCCGAUUCAGCCCAAGUGGAGGAACCUCUGCACUUCUGGAACAAGAGCCUUCCAGACCAGAAGAUGGCGCAUGUGCUGCUCCUCUUCUUCGAUCUGUUUCCACUUCAGAGGGAGACUUCCAGCCCAGCCCCUCUGUUCCCUCCAUCUCCCAGAACCCUGAGGCAGCAGAAGCAGCGACGCCCCCAGGGGCCAGUCAGCGUGACCAGAUGUUCUCCGCACCAGUGGAGGCUGGACCUUCCAGCAGCAUCAGUUCUCAGGGUGCCACGGGCUCCUCAGAAAGUCUUCAGUCUCAGACCGGAGAGCCUCUGUCCCCGUUAGUCUUCCCACGUAAAGCACCUUUCAGUCGGGGCCGCUUGAGGCUCCUUUCCUUACGAUCUAUGGAGGAGCCUCGCAUGGCACCACCUGUUAAAGAGCGCUUCCUGAUACUCAAACACAUCCUCAGCUUUAUGAAGGACAUGGUCAUUAAUGAGAACAGUUACUUUUCUCAGUUGGUGGGCAGCGGGCAGGACAUGAGGGAGCUGGUCAGACACUCGUAUCAUCAGCUGGUUCUCAUGCUAGUAGAGGCCGUGCAGAGCUUCAAUGCACUGAACGAGAAGGCCCUGCUUCCCGCCCUGUCAUGUGUGCAGACAUGUCUGCUGCAUUUGCUGGAUAUGAGCUGGGAAGCAGAAGAUUUAUCACUGUUUCUGGACAUCAAACUGCCUGAUCUUCUGCUCACCAUGUCCCAAGAAAACAUCAGUGUGCAUGAUAUUGCCAUCAGCCAGUGGACGGAGGAGGAUGAGAUCAUUGACUACGAGAGGAACACGGAAUGGAUGGAUGAGUGUUUGGAUGGCAUGUUUGAGAAAUGGUUUGACAAGAUCAGCCAGGCCUCAGUGGAGGACAAGAGAAAGAUGCACAUGUUCAUUGCACGCUACUGCGACCUGCUGAAUGUGGAGAUUUCAUGUGACGGCUGCGAACGGAUCGCACCGUGGCAUCGCUACCGGUGCCUGCAGUGUACAGAUAUGGACCUGUGCAAGACCUGCUUCCUCAGUGGUGCUAAACCAGAAGGCCAUGAGGAUGACCAUGAGAUGGUGAAUAUGGAGUAUGCCUGUGACCACUGCCAGGGCCUUAUCGUGGGCAGCAGGAUUAACUGUAAUGUCUGUGAGGACUUUGAUCUCUGCUUUGGCUGUUAUAAUGCCAAAAAAUACCCAGACAGCCAUCUGCCCACCCAUCGUAUCACAGUGUACCCUAUGGUCACCAUUCGCAUCAGUGACCGCCACAGACUCAUUCAGCCCUAUAUACAUAACUACUCCUGGCUUCUUUUUGCUACACUCGCCCUGUUCACAUCCGAGCUGAUCAGCGAGAGCGUGCAGGAUGGAGAGCCUUUGAAUGAUGUCAAGCUCGGUUACGCUAGGGCACUGCAAACCCACUGCUCUGACAUCAUCAAUGAUUGCCUGCUGAAGGGACAGACUGGGAAAGGUUUGCGAGCCUCUGCCCUGCUGUCACUGCUUUCUUCAAACGAAUCAGCCACAGAGAGUGCACUGUGUCCUGUGACGGCUGGUUCUUUUCAGGACAUCAGCAGCACAGACACCUCCUCACUUCCCAGCAGCACUACAGCUAUCUGCUCCCCACCGCUACCUACAGACAGAAAACCACAAAAGCAGGAGCCAGAUACAGAAGGGGAUGAGAAGAGAAGGAGGAAGCUUGUCUCUCAGGAUACGUCAGACUCAUCCAGUGCCAGUCAGACACCCUCUGUGUCUAGUGAAGACACACUGUCCCCUGGAGUCAGAGUUUCAGAGUCAAGUGGAGACACUAUCACAUCUCCUAACUCAGAGAACAUGGACGCAUAUAAGGACCAGGAGGAAAAGACAGCUCGGGGGCCGCUACAGGAACAUGUGUUUGCCGAAUGCUCCAGAGAGAGAAUUCUGGGAUUGUUGGCAGCCAUGUUGCCUGCAACCAAACAGGGCAGCUCACUAUCUUUGUCCAGCCUGAGUCCCAUCCUGCCACUGCUGUUCAGAGUGGUCAUCUCGAACGCUGGCUGUCUGAAUGAAACAUACCACCUGACACUAGGUCUUCUGGGACAGCUUCUGUUAAGGAUCUCUCCUGCGGAAGCUGAUGCAGCUGUGGCAGAGGCACUGACCGACAAAUUUGAGUUACUUACACUCGGAGAUGGAGCAGCGCUUGAUGUUCCUGGCUGGAAGACCACUCAAUUGCUCUUUAGUCUGGGAGCAGUGUGUCUAGACAGUCGUAUUGGUCUGGAUUGGGCGUGCUCUGUGGCGGACAUCUUGCGAAACCUGAAUAUUUCUUCUCAGUGGUGUGCUGUUGUGGCAGCGUUCACUGAUCACUGCAUCCAGCAGUUACCACAACAACUCAAGAGAACCAACCUCUUCACUUUGCUGGUGCUCGUGGGAUUCCCUGAGGUGCUGUGUAUGGGGACUCAGGCUGUAUUCAUCGAUAAUGCCAACGAACAACACAACGUGAUUCUGCUCAAGCACUUCACUGAGAAGAACAGAGCUGCUGUGGUGGACGUCAAGACUCGUAAGAGGAGAACAGUGAAAGACUACCAGUUAGUCCAGGCACAUGAGAGCAGCAGCAGGAAUGAUGCAGAGUCUCAUGAGGGGCAAGCUGUGUCCCCGACCUCCGCCCACAUGAGCCGCUACCUGAAGAACUUCACCUCUAUUGUGAGUCACCUACUGCAGGUCGGGGUGGAGAGCAGCGUCCAAGAUGCUGUGGAGGCCAUCUGGGUGCUCUCACUCGCUCUUAAAGGACUCUACAACACUCUCAAGAAGCAUGGGGUGGAUCAAGCCCAAGAGGCCAUCCAGGGCUCUGGCCUGAUGCAGCUUCUGGUCCGUAAGUGCAGCAAGGGCACAGGCUUCAGCAAGAUGUGGCUUUUGCGAGACCUAGAGAUCCUCUCCAUCAUGCUUUAUUCCUCCAAGCGAGAGAUCCACUCCAUGGCAGAGGAUGCAGACACCGAGACCGAUGGAGAGAAGGAGAGAGAGAAAGAGCAUGACUCGGAUCACUCCAGCUGCUGCGCUGAUGAUGCCGAUCCAAACAGACCGGAUCCACUGGAAGGACUGGAUGAAGAGACAAAGAUCUGUUUCCAGAUUACCCAUGAUGCUCUUAAUGCCCCACUGCACAUCUUGAGAGCCAUGUAUGAGCUCCAAAUGAAGAGAACCGAUUCUUUCUUCCUUGAGGUGCAGAAAAGGAAUAACAUCUGCUUAAUGCAUGUAAAUUUUAUGGCCAGCAGCAGUGACUUCCUGCAGGACCUGCAUACUUUCAGUGGUUCUCACCAGAAAUGGACCGACUUUGAGAUUCCAGGGGACACUCUCUACUACAGGUUUAUAUCAGAUAUGAGUAACACAGAAUGGGGCUACAAGUUUACUGUGACUGGUGGCCAUCGAGGGCGCUUCCAGACUGGUUUUGAGAUCCUGAAGCAGAUGCUAGCUGAUGAGCAGGCGUUGACUCACCUCCCGCUGGCUGACAUCUGGGAGUGGCAGGUGGGCGUGGCCUGUCGGCAAACAGGAAACCAGCGGCUGAAAGCCAUUCACCUGCUGCUGCGGCUCCUGCAGUGUCCGUCUCAAUGGGGUUGUGACCUUACACUUCUGCGGCCGCUGUGGCAGCUCUUCACUACUAUGGAGAGUGGUUUGAUUCAGGACCCCACCAGCAUCACGGUCCUCCUUCCUCUCCAUCGCGCUCUCACUGAGCUCUUCUUCAUCGCUGAAGCCAAGGCCAUGGAGCAGGACAUUCUGCAGGAGUACCUUCUUGCUCUCACUACCAAUGAACAGCUAGUAGUGCGCACUGCACAGGCGCUGAAGAACAUCGCAGCCAUCAGCCUGGCCAUUAAUUACCCAAAUAAAUCCACUAAGCUGCUCAACCUGUCCCCGUGAAAGAGGGAUGAAAGAGAGAUCGAGAUGAGAGAAGGGAAACUUGCCAAAGGCCCAAGGGAAUGGCCUUCUGCGCUCGACGGCUGUGGCAGGAGCGGGCCACAUAUCGUCUUCCAGAAAACCCACCCCUGUGCUGUUUAAUCAUAAAGUGGGGGGCACGGCAAUCUCAUGUCUCUUAAUAAUCGUUAUUUCUCAUCUGGUUUAGGCAAAGAUGGGGGGGGGGCGUUUCACUUUACCUCCGCUUUAACCAUGCGAGUUUAGUGGGCUAUGCCAAAUUAGUUUUUUCACCCAUAUGCACAUAAGUUUUUUUUCUCCAUUCCUUCGUUUUCUUUUUCGGAGAAGCCACUGUGGGCAAGACAAUCGAUCAAAGUGAAAGCAGGUCACCUUUUUCCCUGCCUCACACACUCUCCCUGGAUUGCCUAAAAAUACGAAGCUGCCGGCGCAGUCUCAUCCUUCAAAGUGGCCUGAGACUUACGACGAAUAUAUCGAUAUCUAUCCGAAACCGUGGGGCCUUCUCUCUGUUCACCCUCAGUGGAGCCUGAGCUGAUGUUUGUUCAGUACUAGCAGCUAGCAGUUACACUCGAAAACCACAUGCUUCUAGACAAAUGUCAGCUGAUGUUUGUGAGUAGGUAAAAAAAAAAAAAAACAAGUUUGACGUGCCAUGUGAGUCCAGAAGUCGCUGUUUGCCUUACAAGUGCAGCUCAAAGUGAUCUGGCAACUGAUUGUGGGUAAGUUAGCAAAGUUAUAACACGUCCUAGUAAAAGGAAUGUCAGCGCUUGUCUUACAUUAUCAUGUCCCAGAUUCUCAACUCACUUAUGCUGCAUACCACCAGGAAAUAUAGAGCAUUAUGUACAGAAAUAUCACUUUAUGUUGUGCUGCAUGCAACACUGGACUAAACCAUGAUGUCCAUUACUGUUAGUGACAUAUCGGUUGGUGUAUUCUGUAAUAUUAUUGCAGUUGGAGACAUUCUGUUUGAUCGGUUGAUCGACAGAGAAUUGUGGGUUUAGUGGAUGGUCUUAAGGUGCAGGAAUUGAUAAUCAUAAUCUUCAUUGAUCUAUUGAGACUCACCAGUAUUUUAACUGUGGUGACAUGGAUACGGUUAUGGAAGUUGUGUUGCUUUAAAAUAUCUAUUUAUUAUUAUUACAGGGACAUUAUUGGGUGAAUUUCGAGUGAAGCGUUUGAUUGGCUAAUAGAAAGAUUUGUUGCCGUUUUGAAGGUCAGGUAAAGGCUGUUCUUAGUUCUAACCAAUGUUUAUCUAAAUGUCUUUUUUUUUUUUUUUGCCCUGUAGCCAAACAUUUCUGUUUUUUAAAUUAAAUAUCUUAGUAGUAUUUUUUGUUCUUGACGGGUAUUCAGAUUUUUUGUUCAGUUUGAUUUCAUUUUAGUGGGAAAGGAAUUGAGACAAAUGGUUAUUUAUGCCAAAGAAUCAUUAUUGUUUGAAAGAGAAGCAUCUAACGCAAAGAAAUUCAUCUUUAUCUUCCUGAAGGAGGCUCUAAUGAUGGCGUGGUCGGUGGUGGUGUUAUAAUAGAAAAGAAGGUUGAAGUGAUCCUUUAGUCCUCACUAUGUUUGUUUACAUGAGUACUAGCAUGGAGCACUGGCUACAUUUGGUGCCGCUGCUGAGCCUCAGUUGGGGUGGGUUUCUAAAUGUCUGCCAGGAAAACUUCCUGUCGCUUUAAAGCCUCAGAUAUUAACAAACGAUGUGCCUAUGUUGAAAAUGAAGCUAUCUUCAUUUAAUCUUCAUGUCAUUGUAAAGGUCCUCUCUUCAACUCUAUUUUUAAAGAAAAUUAUAUAGUUUAAUUUGGAGUAUAUCUAUCUAUUUUAUUUUUAUGAAUGUCUUUUUUUUUGUUUCAGAGCUCAUGGCUUCAAUUGCUUUGAAUUUGACAUGAAUGUAUAUAGUUGUGAAUAUGGAUAAUUGCAUAAAUAAUUCAUAUGAAAAUGAUUUUUCAUGUCAGCCCCCCACGUUAAAAGAAAUGUCAGAAUGGUGUACUAUAUUGUUGUAAGUUUACACUUGAUCCUUUUGAAUUGAUUUGCUAUGUCACACACACACACAAAAAAAAGAAACAACAAAACUGCUUU